GGACCGACCGCCGGUCAUUACUCGACUCGCCCCCGACGCCUCAAGUACUCGCCAUGCUGCGCACCGCCUUCCGUCUCCGCUCCGCCCUGCCGGCCCAGCGCCGCGUCGCCGCCUGCGUCUCGCGCGGCUUCGCCUCGUACCCGCCCCACGAGGUCAUCGGCCUGCCGUCGCUGUCACCGACCAUGGAGACGGGCAACAUGUCCAAGUGGGUCCUGAAGGAGGGCGACGCCAUCAACGCCGGCGACAUCGUGUGCGAGAUCGAGACGGACAAGGCCGUCGUCGACUACGAGGCCACGGACGACAUGUUCCUGGCCAAGAUCCUCAUCCCGGAGGGCGCCGAGAACAUCCCCGUGGGCCAGCCCAUGAUGGUGGUGUGCGACGAGGAGGAGUCCAUUGCCGCCUUCAAGGACUUCAAGCUGGAGGACGCUCCGGCGGCCCCCGCUGCCCCCGUGCUCUCGGAGGAGAAGCCCCCCAAGAAGGAGGAGGUUGCUGUUGACGUCAAGACCAACGAGCCCGUGGUGCCCCAGGACUUCCUGGUGACCUCGCAGACCACGAAGAAGACGGUGCCCGGCCCGGCCAUCCCGGCCUCGCCCGUGGCUAAGGCUGCCCCUGCCCCCAAGGCCGCUGCGCCCGCCCCGGCUGCUGGCGCCGUGUUUGAGGAGAAGUGGGGUCUUGGCAUCAAGAAGAGCGCCAUCUCCACGAGCCUCAUCAAGAAGCAGCAGGCGUACAUUGCCCUGUACGGCAUCACCGGCAUGACGCCCGCGGCGCUGCCGGAGAAGAAGAAGUAAAUCCGCUGCUAGUACUAGCGAUAGGUUCGGCAAGCUCAUGAUCCCCCGUUGCGAUGCAAAGGAUAGCAUUGCUAAUUUGUUAAUGAAAGCGCGGAGCUGAGCUACUGU